GUGACAUUGCAAAGAAGGACUCUUCCUCUUUAUCUUUUGGCGUUAGCGAAGGGGGUAUUCUAUUUUCUUAGAGCGCCCAAGGGGGCGCAGGGACCUCGGAGAGGAGAGUGGGGAGGAAAGAGGAAGGCUGGGUAGGGGGCAGAGGGCGAGUCGGCAGUCAGGGCAGGCGCUUUCCUGCGGCACGAUGCGGUCCCGGCUGGUGCUCACUUUCUCCGCGUGCGUCUUGCUCGGCUGGGCGUCGCUGGCCGGCAGCGCGGGUGGCGGUGGCGGCGGGGUCGAGGGCCUGGGUGGCGGGCGCCGGGAGAGAGAGACGCUGCCGCCGCAGAAGAUCGAGGUGCUGGUGCUGUUGCCCCAGGACGACUCGUACCUGUUCUCCCUGGCUCGGGUGCGGCCGGCCAUCGAAUACGCGCUCCGCAGCGUGGAGGGCAACGGGACCGGGCCGCGUCUCCUGCUGCCCGGCACUCGCUUUCAGGUGGCCUAUGAAGACUCAGAUUGCGGCAACCGCGCACUCUUCAGCCUGGUGGACCGCGUGGCAGCGGCGCGGGGCACCAAGCCGGACCUCAUCCUGGGGCCGGUGUGCGAGUACGCGGCGGCGCCGGUGGCCCGGCUUGCGUCGCACUGGAACUUGCCCAUGCUGUCGGCCGGCGCUCUGGCCACUGGCUUCCAGCACAAAGACACGGAGUACACGCACCUCACGCGCGUGUCUCCCGCGUAUGCCAAGAUGGGCGAGAUGAUGCUCGCCCUGUUCCGCCACCACCAGUGGAGCCGCGCGGUGCUGCUUUACAGCGACGACAAGCUGGAGCGGAACUGCUACUUCACCAUCGAAGGGGUCCACGAGGUCUUCCAGGAGGAGGGUUUUUACACGUCCCCCUACAGUUUCUAUGAGACCAAAGACUUGGACCUGGACGAAAUCGUACGCUACAUCCAGGCCAGCGAGCGAGUGGUGAUCAUGUGUGCGAGCAGCGACACCAUCCGGGGCAUCAUGCUGGCAGCGCACAGGCACGGGAUGACCAGCGGGGACUACGCCUUCUUCAACAUCGAGCUCUUCAACAGUUCUUCCUACGGAGAUGGCUCGUGGAAGAGAGGAGACAAACAUGACUUUGAAGCUAAGCAGGCGUACUCAUCCCUCCAAACAAUCACUCUACUGAGGACAGUGAAACCCGAGUUUGAGAAGUUUUCCAUGGAGGUGAAAAGUUCUGUUGAGAAACAGGGGCUCAACGAGGAGGAUUACGUGAACAUGUUCGUUGAAGGAUUCCAUGACGCCAUUCUCCUCUAUGUCCUGGCUUUGCACGAAGUACUCAGAGCUGGUUACAGCAAGAAAGAUGGGGGGAAAAUUAUCCAGCAGACUUGGAACAGAACAUUUGAAGGUAUCGCUGGGCAGGUGUCCAUAGAUGCCAACGGAGACCGAUAUGGGGAUUUCUCCGUGAUCGCCAUGACCGACGUAGAGGCGGGCACCCAGGAGGUUAUUGGUGAUUACUUCGGAAAAGAAGGUCGUUUUGAAAUGAGGCCCAAUGUCAAAUAUCCUUGGGGACCUUUAAAACUGAGAAUAGAUGAAACCAGAAUUGUGGAGCACACAAACAGCUCUCCUUGCAAAUCAUCAGGUGGCCUAGAGGAAUCAGCGGUGACAGGAAUUGUCGUGGGGGCCUUACUAGGAGCUGGCUUGCUAAUGGCCUUCUACUUUUUCAGGAAGAAAUACAGAAUAACCAUUGAGAGGCGAAACCAGCAAGAAGAACGUAAUGUUGGAAAACAUCGCGAGUUACGGGAAGAUUCCAUCAGAUCUCAUUUUUCCGUGGCUUAAAAGGAAAGCUUUUCUUCUGGCCUGAGAUUCUUUAAGGAGAUUGAUGGGAUGAAAGACAUCAAUGGAACAGAAGGGGUGCUCUUGAAGAACUCAUUCUUUUAAGCAGUUAGUCAUUUUAUUGUAAAAUUUCUUUAGAAGCUCAGGAAUUAUUAAUCACCACAUGCCCCUCUGGCCUUUCAUGUCAUGACAAACAAAUAUAAGGAUAUAACGUCACUCUGUUAAACAUUUAUACUGUUUCAAGGGCAUAGGAUUAGAUUUAUGUUUUGGAAAUCUGAUGUCUCCAUAUCUUGAUGGCUUUGGGGGCAUUUCACACAAGGCUAUAAAAUGUGGUUUUCUUAAAUGAAAUGUUUUAUAGCUAGAAUAAAAUCAUUUUUAUAAGUAGAAUAUUCUUGGAAAGAAUUUAACGCCCAACAAGAGGAAAAUGUAAUGAAAAAUCUCAAGGCUAGAAAUACAGCGUUCCUUUCUCUCGUGCUGGCAGGUUGGAGGGGGAGGACUGCUCUGUCCGAUCGCAUACAUUCAGGUCCUGACUUCGUAUCUUGAGAAAAGAAUUUCCUCCCUGUCUCCUUCAGUGUCUCAUAGAAGCUGCUCUGGAUAGUCGUAACUAUUAAUGAGAUAAGAGGAUUUAUACAAGAAAAGCCAAUCUAAAAUGUUUCAGUUUUUUAAAUGUAAAAAAGCCCUAUUUCACACUAACAUUUUAUUUUAAAGUAUUUUAAUCUUCUAUUUUGCUAUUAGAAAAUGUGUCUAUUUUUUCAUUAUGAAGAUUUAAUUUCACCUAUAUUUUAAAAGCAUAGGUAAAGUGUACAACAAACCAAUGAUGAUGAAAGAUGCUUCUCUUUUUCUCCAUUUCCCUCCUCCCCUUGGCCAGAGCCAAAUGCACAUUGCUGCUUAAUUACAGAGAUCUCAAAACGUAUUGAGAUUAUAGACUCUACAGGAGUGCAUCGAUUUACCUGUUUUAAAUGCAAGUUAUUUUAGGGAUGUACCCCUUCCAAUUCUGGCCACACGAUAAGUUUCAGAAUCAAGGGUGACAUUUACUAGAAUUACAGGGAGUUAGAAACUUGAGGGGAAGCACCAAAGUGAUAAAUUAAAAAAAUUCAUACGUGACAUUUUACUGAAAUUUACAGUGACAAUUUUGGUUUAAAGAGGAAAUCUAAUGAGCCUCUAUCUUCUCUUUCCUUCGACUCCAUGGAGCUUUGUAAUCACCCACCAAUAACCCGUCUAACAGUGGGUUGGGUGUGGAUAUAAGGAAUUUGAACAAAGUCGAAAAAGUAUUUACUGAAUAUCUACUUUGCACCCAGUAUUCUGCACACAGGUUUAAAUUCGGGGUGCCACUUUCACUUAUAAUUUGUGGAGAAAAUAGACAGUGAGGGAAGAAUGGGAAGUUGCUGGAUGAGCAUACCACCUUGUAAUUACGUCACCAGGUCCUUGGUGACAUUUUGAGUAUGUGGAAAACAGUUUUAAAAGUUAUCUUAAUGUCUACAAAAGGCCAUGUGUAGGGAGGAAAAUAGGGGAGUUUGAACAAUUCCUUGGUAGUGAUGGAGGUGAUAGUUCACACAGGUAAUGGCGGAGGCAGAGCGAGUGAAAACCGCGAGCAUUGGAAGCUGGCCCCGGCUUGCUCCCACGGAGGAGUCUGCCUCUGGCACUCCUACUUCAGCCAGUCAAAGCAAAUGGGUUAUCUCUGAGCGAGGCAUAUUUCCCCUUUAUUGUUUAAAAAUGGAUUGCAGGCAGCUGGAGAACAUGAUAAAAGAAUGAACUAUGACCAACUGAAACAACUAGGUCGUAGUCCUCCAUGUUGGAUGCAAAGGAAAAAGUGGUGGAUUCGAAAAAAGGUGGAAAGAGAAGGCAAGAGAGGCAAACCGCAGAAACUCUAAUGUAGGAAGAGAAACUGGGAAGCAAAAUCCUGGAGAGCAAAGCGUUUAACAGCUCGAGGCUCUUCAGAGUGAAAACAGAAUGGAAGGUUUGCAUCCAUUUUAUUUUUGUGAAUUGAGAGCUUAUUUCUCUCUCAUUUUUAUUUUUCAGUGAUGUUUUCCAUAUAUUUUAUCUUGUGUUUGUAAAAACAUUAAAAUUUCAAGCCUAUGUGCUUAUUACAGGGGGAAAAACACUCUACCUGGUUGCAGUCUUUGGAUACAAACGUUUCCGACCUUUCUAGAACCUACGUAGGGGCCCAGUGUUAACUCUAACAUUUUAAAAGCAAAUAUCUUUUAUUUCUACUUUAAGUAGAGGAAUAAUUCUAAAGUUAAAAAUCAUAAGAAUUUAGUCUUUUAAAAACGGCACAACAAAUCGCGGGGUUUCUCAUAUGUGGAUGCCAUUCUCUUCCAGUCUUAAAGCAGUUCUAGGGUUCUUAAUGUUGAUUGUGUAUUAACAUCUCUGUUUAUUCUUUCUUCCUCGAAAUCAUCAAAACUCUGGUAACUUUUGAAAACUCCAUUAAGUUGGAAAUCUUUGUUAAAAGCAUAGGUGUUUGGCCCAAGGUUACCCUGGGUUAAGGCCUGUGGAAAUGACAAUUUGGGAUUUAAGUUCCUAACUGCUAAGCAACAUCUUUGACAACUAGUCACUCACAGUCCACCAGUAGCCGCAUAUCAUAUAGUAAAAUAAUUGGGGCUUUAGUUCUUAAAUCAUUCUGUAAAUUUUUAGCAUGUUCAGAUUUAAAAAGGGAUACUCCAUCAGUAUUUUCUCAUCUGGCCAAACAUCAGGUGACCUUUUGAUACAGGUCAAAAUGAGUAUAUACUUUUUGUACACAUUCGUGGUGUUGGAAAUAAGUGUAGGUUUUAUGGCUAUUAUUGUCACCUUCUUAGAUUUUUUUUCCUGGACUCAGAAAUGAAAGCUUUCCCUAGAUGAACACUUGUACCCAGAAAGCAUUUUCUGUAUAGCGUGCCUUUCUUCCCCAAGACUGACUCCCGGUUCCACGAGGAAGCCCCUACAUUAUACUUCUUAGAAGAGCCAUUAACUUGGCCUUUUCUGUACCACAGAUAUGGUUCUACAGGCUUUAAAAUAGUUCUUUCCAUUUCAGAAGUGAUAUUUAAUGGAGGGAAGGGAGAAAUGUAUGGAAAGAGGAUGCCUUCUUUUCUUCUCUUCCUUAAAUUCAAAGACUUUAUAUCCAGAUGCUUCUCCCUAUUCACAGGCUUUUAGGGUCUUAAAUGUCUUCAAGGCACCUGUGUCCUCUUUGCCCUUGAUGAACUACUUUCCUUCUGGUUGUCGCUGAUGUUGGCAGUGUAAGGGAUGCCGUUAGCGGGGAGAUGAAGGCCACUGUAUAGAUCUCAUAUGGACAGUGACAGGAAUUCAGAAAGUAGGUUCCAGUGACAUCACCUUCUUGUGAGUGAGUAUACAGUGGCUAUUUGUGGAAAUCUGUUUAGGAGACCAAAUAGAAUAUUAUGCUACUGGUAUUAAGGGAGUAUUUAUAAGCUGAAAGGAACACAUGCCUGUGUUUCUAAGUUCUUUUGGGACACAAAGAACUUAGAUGCUGAGUGGAUGCUGUCAUAAAGCCAAAUGUUAACCAAAAUUCGGCUGCUUGAUCUGUUUCAUGCGUUUGUUUAGUUAUUGCUGUGAGGUUCAGUGCAUCAUGAAGAAGCUGAUAAUGAACUGAAUGAACUUCUUUAGUGGAAAAAACUGAAAUUGUCUAAAAACAUGGAAUACGUUUUAGGGGCAGUGUGGCAGCAGAGAGAAUGAGAUGGUGCUGUUCCGGAAGCUCUGUUUCUCUUUCAGUUGAUCUUUAGAACUUGGAAUAACCAAUAAUUUAGUCCCUCUUCAACAGCCAGACUCAACAAGAAGCUUGGGCACACCCAGAAAGAAGAAUCAGGAGCUCGAUUCUCCAAAAGAAACAGAAGAGGGUACAAUUGCACACUGCCACUGUCUUUACCACCCCGUCCUCUCCCACACCCAUCCCCCCUCCAUUACGGCUCCAGGGAUGCGUCAGCAUCUCCCCAGGCAGGCGGAACUUGUAGUGGGACCUCCAUACUUCCUCAGAGCGUAAGACGACAACACGGUGCUGGCUGUAAGAAUGGAGCUGGUUUUUGAUCAGAACCCUUAAGCUAACGUGACCACACAUGCUCUGGGAUAGUUCAAGCCUGUGAUGUGCAGAGACUCCAACAAGCCUGGCUUUGGUCUUCAACAGGUCGAGCUCAUCCAUAGCUCUUGCAGACAUAUCCCAUAGCUAGACUCUAGGAUUAAAAUGACUUUCAAAAAGUGCUGGAUUAGAAUUUGUUCAAAUUUCUCAUUAACCACUAAUGUUAAUUCAUACCAAAGGCAAAGCAAUUCUAAACCAGCUGAUGCUGUUAACGUUCAUAUUUUCAUCUACUUCAGACACGGGAAGGGUUUCUAUGGGAGCCGAGUCUCGGAAGUAAAAAUCCAUACAUUGUACUAGUACUUUGAUGUAUCAGGUGUGGGAUGAUUCCCAGGGGAGAGAUUUGAACAAGUGGAAUUAAGAGUUAGCAAAAAUGCUGCAUUGCUUUGAGUCACGUGUUUCAAGACCUACAUUUCUAUGCAACAAGGAAUAAAGGGCCCAUUCACCAAGUGUAAGUCACAACAUAGCCCACCAAAUUGUUUCUUAUUUGCUAAGAGAACAAAGCUAUUGCAGCACAUAAUAAUUCGGCAGAGAAGGUUGAUUUGGAUUUUGGAAGGAAAAUUUAUAUUUCGAAGCAGGAUGUUCUGGUUAUCAUUCAAUGCCGAGAUCUGACAAUGUUCACUGUGGUGUGUCUUACGUACGAGACAGCAAUGCGGUGCCCUGGAGAGCUGGAAGGCGCUGUUGAGUUUGCAGACCCUUUCGCUGGGCCCUGGGGAUCCGAGGUUUGUUCCCUGUGCACGAGGAAUGGGCGAAACCAGGAGGGCAUGGUGUAGGCACUGUGGAGGAUUACUUCUGCAGCCCUGGUCUUCUGGGCUUUGUUAUUCAUUGUUAAUUUAAAUAUAAGAUUACCAAACAAUACAAACCUACCAUAAGUCCGGUAGAAAAGUAUAAGUAAAAGCUGCACAAGCAACAUACAGCUUAUUAUUCUAAUGUAAGUAGAACUAUCUGCAUAUAAUGUGAUUUAAUUUAUUGUUGUGUAGAAAAUGAGAAUUCCUGACUGUGGAUAUAACCCCUGUUUUGUAUAAUAUAUUUUAUUUCUGGUGCAAACUGGUCACUUAAAGUACCUAUUUCAUUUGGUAUUGGAUAUAAAUGUGUAUGUGUUCUUGUAAAUGUUUCUAUUAAGCAAGAAUGCCACAUGCUCACAGUAUAACAACGUGUUCUCAUUAAAAAAUACAUCCCACUGAAA